CUCGCCGCGCAGGACCAUGAGCGCUCCCGCCGCCUGCUCCAGCCUGCAGCCCCUGCUGGAGACGCUGGAGGACCCAGCCGCCCCGCCGGGGGAGCUCACCGACGCGCACCUCACUAUCGUCAAUCGCUUGACUGGUGAGGAAGGCAAAGAAUUCACUGCAGAUGUCAGAAGACACUUUCCUCAACUUUGCAAAGUGUUUAAGGUGCACAUUUCUAGUCAAAACUCAGAGCUAAGUAAUGCAGCAUUACAGGCGUUAGGAUUCUGCGUUUUUAAUUCAAGUAUUACAUCUGAAUUAUCUGCAACUGAAAUACGAGACUUGCUUUCAAUGGUGAACAGCGUUGCUGUAAAAACUUCAGACAAAAACACUCGCACUCGGGCACUUUGGGUGAUCUCUAAGCAGACGUUUCCUUCUGAAGUUGUUAAAAAGGAGGUGUCCACUAUUAUUUCUACCCUUGAAACGAUACUUACUAAGGGAGAUGUACAGUCUAUGGUGGUUGAAUACGAAGCACUAAAUGUUGUUAUACGCUUAAUAGAGCAAGCUCCAGCCCAGAUGGGAGAAGAGGCUGUGAGGUGGGCAAAACUGAUCAUUCCUCUGGUCGUCCAUUCAGCUCAUAAGGUGCAGUUACGAGGUGCCACUGCCCUGGAGAUGGGCAUGCCGCUGCUCCUCCAGAAACAACAGGAGGUAGCGGCUGUCACUGAGCACCUAAUGACCACAAAAUUAAUUUCAGAACUUCAGAAAUUGUUUUCUACAAAAAAUGAGACUUACGUGUUAAAAUUAUGGCCGCUGUUUGUCAAAUUACUCGGAAAGACUCUGCAUCGUAGUGGCAGUUUUAUCAACUCAUUGCUGCAACUGGAGGAACUUGGAUUUCGUAGUGGCUCACCAGUGGUAAAGAAAAUAGCCUUCAUUGCAUGGAAGAGUCUAAUAGAUAAUUUUGCUCUAAAUCCAGAUAUAUUGUGCAGUGCUAAAAGGCUGAAAUUGCUAAUGCAGCCACUGAGCUCGAUCCAUGUGAGAACAGAGGCUUUGGCACUGACAAAACUGGAGGUCUGGUGGUAUUUACUCAUGAGGCUGGGACCUCAGCUGCCUGCAAACUUUGAACAGGUUUGUGUACCGUUAAUCCAAAGUACUUUAAGUGUAGAUUCUUCUGCUGCAUUGCAAGGAACUCCCUCACGUGUGCCAGCCAACCAAAGUUUAGCAUCGGCAACCCCUGCACAGAAAUCAGGUCCUUACCCGUUUGCAAGUCCGGUCACACCAAGGAUGAACUUGAAUUCCAGUACGGCAGGAGUGGUGGUGAUUCCUUCCAUUCAGCUUUUGGGAAUUGAAAUGCUGCUUCACUUCUUGAUGGGACCAGAAGUUUUAGAUUUUGCUAAGCAAAACAAACUUGUACUUAGUUUAGAGCCUCUGCAGUACCCACUGAUCAGUAGCCCUUCUUUUUUUUGUAAGCAUGCCAGCACGCUUAUAAACGCAGUUCAGGAUGGCUUUAUUGCAAUUGGAAAAGAAGUUCCUGAUUGUAUGCUGAAUGUUAUAUGGAAGGAUGUAAAUGGAUAUGUAAAAACAGCUAUUGAAUCAGGAAGUAAGAAAGAAAAGCAAGGGUCAGAAAUACUGACUAUGUUGCUCCAGGCCUUAAAAAACACUGUUAGAUCAAAUUCUCUUCCUGUGCAGAAAAUACUGUCCCUCAUUGAUAUUACUGUUAAGGAAUUGCCUCCAAAAGUGUUGGGAUCACCAGCUUAUCAGGUUGCUGACAUGGAUCUUUUAAAUGGAACACCAGCUUUGUUCUUAAUUCAGCUGCCUUUCCAUAAUAACCUGUUGGAAUGCUGUGUAACAGAUGAGAGAUUCUUUGUAAUUCUGGAAACGCUUGUGGGUUAUGUUUUGUCUGGGCCUACGUCGCCACUGGCUUUCAGUGAAUCUGUGAUCUGCAUUAUUAAUCAGAAUGCAAAGCAAGUGGAAAAUAAGGAGCAUCUUUGGAGAAUGUGGAGUAUUGUUGUUAAUCCGCUAACCGAAUGGAUUAAUCGGACUAACGAAGUAAAUCAGGGUGAUGCACUGGAACACAACUUCAAUGCUGUUUAUAGUGCAUUGUUGCUACCAGUAUCACACAUCUUCCCCGUUCAGGAAUUUCCACAGCCAACUAUGAAAUCCUUGUUGCGCACUUGGUCAGACCUGUAUAGAGCAUUUGCUCGCUGUGCUGCUUUAGUUGCAACAGCAGAAGAAAACCUAUGCUGUGAAGAACUUUGUGCCAAAAUAAUAUCUGGGCUAGAAGGUGAAACUCCAGUAAUGUUUUCAAUGAUGGAUGGUCUCACCCAUAUUAUAUCAGUUAUGGUUGACUGCAUCAACUUUGCACCAUAUGGUACUAAAUAUCAGCCAAAAAAUAGAUCUCCACAGACACCGACAGAUUGGUCUAAGAAGAAAAAGGAACCCCUUGGAAAGCUUGCCUCUCUAUUUAAACUCCUGGUGAUGUUACUAAACUCUUUCCAUGUGUUCAGUUCCAAAGAAAUCUGUUCAGAAACAUUGGUCUCUGUUGGUCCUUCAAUUAUUGCUGUUCUUCACAACAUCAUCAGCCACGUUUCAUUGCCUUCAGUGAUUGGGACUAUGUUUGCAAUUUUUUCAAAACCCCUGGCAGUGUUUUAUGAAAAAACAAAGCUUGCUGAUGUAUCUAAAGUAUACAGUAAUCUUAACCACAAGCUUGAAAAACUACUGGCCGAGAUUAUCCUGUGUUUACAGUCUCACUGCACUGGCUCUUACGACAGUGAACUGCUAGAGCAGCUUUCUCCGUUGCUCUCUGUAAUAUUUCAGCAUAAGAGCAAACAGAUCCGCAACCAGUGUGCCCACUUCUGGAACGCAACGUUUGCUAAGACUGCGUCAUUAACGUAUCCUGAAGAGUUAAAAUCUGUGUUAAGCCAAGCCAAAAAGAAAAUUCCACUCUUGCUGCCUGGUUUUGAAAGCAUCGAGAUAGCCGAAGACUACAGCAGCCCAUUCUCCAAUGUGAUGGAAAAUUCACAGCUGGACGCAAAGAUAAGCGGAAUGGAAGUAAAGCUGGGUCAAAAACGAGACUCUAUGUUGGCACAGACGAGUGAAUUAAAAAACGAAGUGAAAGACAAGUCCAGUAAUGUGCAAGUAACGUCUGCAAAGCUGAAACUAGAAUUUUCAUCUUCAAAGACUAAAAGUGAGAUACUUUUGGAAGAGGAGAAAUCUGUUGAUUUUGUGUUUAUCCCUCCGGAAACAAAAGCGAGAAUAUUGACGGAACAUCAAAAAGAAGUGCUUAGGUCAAAGAGAGUUGGUAUUCCUGCUAUGUACAACAAUUUGGACACAUCGCAAGAUGCUACCUUAUUUUCUCAGUAUACUCAAAGCCAGGAAGAUUCUCUGGAAAAAUCAUCUUUUAUAGAAAAUGCAAAAGAAGAUGCUAAAACCAAGCCUCAGGAAGAAAAUGCAAAGAGUGAAGGACGCACCAACAAAUCAGAUGACAUCAGAGAGGACCGCAGAUCAGAUAAUCCUCUUGAGAAUGCUGCCUGCCCGAAAAAGUCGUCGGUUACUCACAUAGGGGAGAGCUCAACUUUAAACAGUGAGGGAGACGCAAAACGGGAUGCAGCUGAAAUGAUUCUGGAGGAGCCAUCAGUUGGAGAGGGAGUAGAAGAAAGUACGGUGGAAACAGCUUCAAAGGAGCCCUCAGUAGGGAACGAAAACACUUCAAAUGUCAGCAACAGUUCAAGUGACGUAAUUUCUGGAACACCGCAGCCUGUGAGCCGACGGCAGUCUUUUAUUACUUUGGAGAAAUUCGGUAGUGCAGAGAACAGACCCUUUAGCCUUUCAGCAUUAAACAGUUUAUCGGAGAUGUCUGGAAGCGCUUCUGUGGCAGGUAAACAGGAAAAUGCAAAUCUAGGCAAGACUAGUGCCAAACCAGAAAAAUUUGGAGAAGAAAACAAAAAGCCUUCAAAAUCUCCGUCUGAACAAAUAUUUACGGCAAUACGAAGGCUAACUCGCAGGCAGAGUAAAAUGGAGCACCAAGGAAAUAAGCAGUCCAAGUUGUUCAUUAGGUCAGAACAAGAGAAAAGCGCACGAGAGUCUUUUGCUUCCAGCAGUAUGGAAAAUAGCCCCGAACUUGCUUCUGCAGUAGAAGACAUGGAACAUGUUCUCCUUGCGCAGUCCCAAGCUCUCCAUUCUACAGACGUGGAAAUUAAAAAAGUUGAAGAUACAAUAGCAGAACUAGAAAAGGUCCAGGCAUUAGAUAUGGAUUCUAAAGAAAAUACACCCCCAGAGACGACCGUGUCGUCUGACCAGGUAACAGGCGAUGAUGGUCAGCUUCCACAUGUGUCUCCUAAUCAGAAAAUACUAAGACGUUCUUCAAGACGACGGUCAGAAACUGUAGAAAGUACAGCAGGUAAUCAAGAUAAGGAAGACGGCCACCAAAAGAGAGACAGACGUAAAGAAGACGAAAAAUCUGGGCAAAAGAAGGUGCCGCAGACUAAAGAUGAUGUGUCCCAAAAGCAGAAAGCAGUUUCUGGGAAAACGACAGAAAAUACAAAUAAAAAAGAAAGCAACCUACCCGAGAGGACCGCUGCAGAGGACUUCAGCUCAAAGGAGUCGCCUGCUUCGGGGGGCCUUGAUGAGGAAGUGAACAAAAGUGCUAGGAGGUCAGAAGACAACUUGAAGACUGACACGGAAGGUCAAGACUGUAGCUCGAGUACAGUAGGGCAGAAGAAGAUUGAACGCCCACGAUACCACACAAGACGAGCUUCGCAAGGAUUGCUUUCCAGCAUAGAAAAUUCAGAGGCUGAUGGCUCUGAGACCAGGGAGGAAAGCACAAGGAAGAAAAAAUCUGCAAAAGUGAAAAAUAGAAGCGAUUCUCUCGAAGGUAAAUGGAAAGAUCUGCAGCCAGGAAGCCGUAGCCAUGAGGUGUCUUCCCAAGGAAACGAAAGUAAGAAUCUGCUGGAAACAAAUCAAGGUGACGUGAGCCGUCAGGUCAGCACGGAUGCUGCUCUGACAUCCCAGCCGUGUGACCUGAAGGACCAAGUCAGUCCUGCAGAUGCUAGCAAAGCUGUGGGAUCUGCCAGCUCCAAGAAUGCACCUGAUGCACUGAACGCAAAUGUGGAACAAAAGAGCAGUACAUCGAUGGAAUCGUUCACCAAGCCGUGUGUAGCCCAUCAAGAUUUGAAAGCAGCAGAGGCAAAUAAGCAAGUGGAGAAGCAAACAAACGCAGAAGACUGUUGUUCAGCUGUUCUGCCUGAAUAUGCACCAGGAGCAAAUGCUUCGGGUGGUGAUCUUUCCUCUCUGCAGAUUCCUGAGUGUCAGCGCAAAAGAAGCAAAAGGCUGAAAAGACUGAGGAACUGUGACUGCUGUUGUAAAAAGUCAAAGCAGCAAGUAACGUCAUUCUCUGCAUCAAAAAAUGACAACAGUCGUGAACUGAACGAGCCCCACACCACCCCAGUUCAGAGGGCUGGAAGUACAUCGGAGAUGUCUGGUAAUUCAAAUUUUGACGAGAGCUUGUGCAUGGCACCUUGUGCAAUGAGCACUCCAGUGCAUCCUCCGAAGGAACUCAGUGCCUUUAACUUGGAAGGAGAGAGAACAUCUGAAGAUAACCUGCAAGGAAACAGUGUUGUAGCGGAGGAGGAUCUAGAGAAUCCAGAGUGUAUAGCAGGUGAAAUUACUGACUCCAUAGUGGAAAUAAAAGAACCUGCUGCUCAGAAUGACCGAACUGAACAGUGCCUGCCUGCGUGUGUUUCAGGUGAGCCUGGUGACAGCUGUCUGGCUGCAGGGAAUCCAAGCGAAGAACCAGCAGCUCCAGAAAAGGAAGCAGUCGGUCAGAAUGGACAGCUGGAGGAGAUACCCGAGGCACCGGUUGUUGUAAGGAAACCUGAGAAAAAACAAAUGAAUGAGCUAGAGAGCAACCGGGAUGAUAAAGAAGCAGCUGAGAAUACUGCAGGAGAAACGUGUGUUAUUCAGGAUAAAGAGAUGAAGGAGGAAUUAGUGGAAACUGAAAUUACAGUGCCUGAAAACGUGGCCUUAGACAAAGAAGAUGCAGUAGAAAAUAACAGUGUGGACUCACCUCAAAAGCCGGACGAUCGUGAUUCUUUAGUGUUAGUUAAUGAAAGCCCUAACGGUAUGCAGGCACGCUGCAUGUGGUCUCCUUCAGCUUCUCCAUCCACUAGUAUUUUAAAGAGAGGUGUAAAAAGAAAUCAAGAUGAUGAUUCCCUGUCACCCGCUAAUAAGAUUCGCCGAGUCUCUUUUGCAAAUCCAAUUUAUCAAGAAGGACUGGCAGAUGACAUAGAUAGGAGAAGUCCUGUCAUUAGAUCCCAUUCGUCUUCACCAUCUUCCCGAAGUCUUAAAAUUUUGUCUAAUAUUCAGGCUAAGCAUAUUACCACUCCAACCAAAGGAUUUCUGUCCCCAGGAUCUCGUAACCCUAAAUUUAAGAGCUCAAAGAAGUGUUUAAUUACGGAAAUGGUGAAGGAAUCGCUGCUUUGCCCUACAGAAUCCGUGUAUCCUGCUUUAGCUGGCUGCAAAGCACCGGUUGAUGUCAUUUUACCUCAGAUUACAUCGAACAUAUGCGCCAGAGGCUUGGGGCAGCUCAUUCGAGCAAAGAACAUUAAGACAGUGGGUGAUCUGAGUACUUUGACAGCAUCAGAAAUCAAAACUCUUCCCAUCCGCUCUCCGAAAAUUUCCAACGUUAAAAAAGCUCUUAAAGGAUAUCAUGAGCAACAGGUAAAAUCUCGAGGAUUUGAGGAAAUAGCAGCGCUUGAAGAUGCGGAAAAGCCCAUAAAUAAUGUAGAGGAUAAAUCUCUUUCUGUAGAUGAAGAAAAACUUGCAACAGAUUUGAUUGAACCAGUUGUCCUGAAUACAAAUGACCAGCCCACAGCAGACCUUCUGAGCCAGAUUGAUGCACUUGCUGCUCAGCUGACCUCUGAAGAUCUUCACAGCUAUUCAGGAAGCCAACUUUUUGAGAUGCAAGAAAAACUCGUUGGCAUGACAAACUGUAUCAUGAAAAACCUGCAGUCCCGCUGGAAAUCGCCACCCCAUGAAAGUUCUGAUUAGUUGCUUAUCGUUUCUAAGUAAGGAGGAUUUUGUUACAACAAUUUUCCCAAAAACCUGCUUUUCUUACUGGUGAAUUAUUCCUUAAACUGUGUAUUUUGUACUAUAGAAGAUUUUUUAACACCUAUAUGAGCAAAAUGUAUCAUGGUUUUUGUUGUUCCCCCCCCACCUUGGGGUUUUGGGUGUUUUUGUUUUAGCUUGUGGGAUUGCUUAUUCCCUAUUAGAGAUAUUUGUAUUGUAUUGCUAUGCAUAUUUCUUUCAGGUAGUGAAAGAAAACUUGAUAAAAGUUGUGCAAUAGCAAAGACUGUGAAACCAAACCAACAGAGUAGUUAAAUUAUUUUUUCAAAGCCGAAGUGUUCUUACUGCUGCAAACUCUUACUACUUGGUAGGAGAUCGAUCUCACAGCUCUGCUCGUCUGCUGCCCCUGUUUCUUUCCCUUUAAGUUGCUGACACCCUGACAGAGAGUGGCUCUCUCUUCAGCACUGUCGUAUAUUGAGAUAAGCUCUGCUUAAUUCCUUACAGCAGCAACAGUCCAGGAACCUGGUAUUUGACAACUGGAUGACAUCUAUUUUUGCAUGUAUUUUUGUAAGAAUCACACUAAGCAGCUGAUAAUGAAAUGUACCCUUACAGGCGAAAGACUUUGCAAAACUUCUCAGGCUUUUUCCCAUGUUCUCUGUUUGCAGCAGUUCUCCUUCUACGGAGACAACUUUUUCCUUGGGGAAAUGAAUGGAUUUGACAAGAGCUCUUUGUAUAUUAUGUACAGACUUAUCAUGGCAAAUGUUGGUUAAUAAUUUAUGAUUUUGAGUUUUAAUUGCAUGGAAUGCAUUGCUGCUUCUCAGAGACCUUCAGAGAGAGUUCUCGGGUUUUAUUCUGGAAAUCUAAUUUGUAUAUAUUGUACUGUAGCUAUCAAAAUGGACAUUUAUUGAAAGGAAUUGCUGCAGGUGGUUUUAGAACUUACACAUGGGCAAAUAAAACAGCAACUAGUU